AUGAUGAGACGACACAUUCUAAUAUAUAUUAUAACCCCCUUCCCCCCUUUUUUUUUGGAACCAUUUAAACAAUCAUUGCAUGGCACUGUGGUAAAGGAAUAUUUCAUACCUUCUAGUUUGAGAAAAAUUGACUGGCAUGAUUAUAAGAAGAUAAAAUAUGAGAGGAAACAAAAGGGGAUUGGAGAGCAGGGCAUUCCUGCAUAUUUAUCUAAAAAUGAGGAAGCACUUGAAAAAGUAUUAUACUCAGUAAAUGGAUUUAAUGGCGCACUCAGUGAUAAAAUACCUCUUAAUCAAUCUUUACCUGACAUACGGCAUAUUAAAUGUCAGAAACGGUUAUAUAUUGAAUCGUUGCCUACACUGUUAGUGUUCUUAAUAGGUCACCCGAGUUCUUAA